CUCACGGUAUAUAUAUAACCCUGGAGGAUCUUUAGGAAGGCUCAAAGGACGAGGAACCAUGAAGACUGCACUCACUGUCUGUUUGUUGAUGGGGGUGGCUGCCGCCCUCCCCGGCCUUCGUCUGCGUCGCGACUCCUCGCCCGAUCUCUUCGAGGUGCCCUCCAACACCUCCCUGGUUCUGGGCGGCAUCAACACGGGCUUCGACUGCGCUGACCUGCCCUACGGAUACUACGCCGACGAGGCCAACAACUGCGCCAUCUUCCACGUGUGUCUGCCCUACAUCGACCACGACGUGUACAUCUCACGCCACUUCUCCUUCAUGUGCGCGCCUGGUUCCAUCUUCGACCAGGAGCGCCUCGCGUGCACCCGCCCCGAGUUCGCCCGUCCCUGCGCAGGCGGCGAAGGCUACAGGAGCUCCAACGGCUACUUCGGCCGGAGUGACAUCAAUUUCCUUGAGGAAUAAAACAAAAAAAAAAAAAGGGUGAUUGCUCUUGGAGUUAAAAUUCAAAACUAAAAAUGGGCACUUUGAUUAUAGUGACAUCAGUUUCUUUGAGGCGCAGAUAGCCCACCUAUUCCUAAGCUGAUUGGUUUUGUUGAAAACUGUAGUAGUAAUAAAGGAAAAAUCUUCUCAAA